AUGUUAAUCCCCCAUCAACCCCGCAGUGUGCACCUCUGGAAGGCAGGGUACAUCCACGGAGACUUGAAGGCUGACAACAUCUUCUACAAGGAGCUGGACUCAGAGUAUUGCCCGUCUGGGGUGGUCCUGGCGGACUUCGGAUUGUCUCGGAAAAUCAACACCCAGAUGUGGCAGUACGACGCGAAAUACUACCGCUACUCCACCCACCUUCCUUCGAGCCUCUUCGUCGGACAUCGUGACAGCUUGAAUAUCAAACUCCCACGCAUGGAGAAAGUCUUCGUGAGGGAGGACAUUGACAAGUGCUCCUUGCAGGAACUGGCCAGAGGGGCCUUCAAGAUGGCGGUCAAGGUCGACUUGCAGUGGGGCCGCUUGGCCUCUUUGAGGAGUUGCCUGCAGGUGGCGCCUCCCUGGCCUUCGGCAAGGCCUGGCGAGAUCGCUCUUAUUGCGGAUGAGCAGGCGGAGCUGAAGACGACGCAGGCUGGCGAAGAAGGCGCAGAGCCUGCACAAGAAGGUUCACCGGAGCAUGCUCGCGACAACAGGCCUGCUCUGCACAGCUGGAACAGUACUUGGCAGCACGAUGAUGAGCAUCCAGAGCCACAGAGCAAAGUUCAAGCUGUGGCUCUGACCAUCGUGCAUUCGGCCUCCUUCACCUACGCCAUCACCUUUCUAAUCUUGGUGAAUAUGGUCAUCCUGGGAAUCGAAGUGGACGUCGCCUCGACGCUUCCGCCCUACCAGGAGCCGAGAUGGUUUGGCCUCAUAAAUCUCACCAUCGUUGUCAUUUUUGUCGCUGAGCUCGUCCUGAAGUUCGUGGCCUAUGGCUGCCGGGGCUUCAUUCACGGGCCGGAGCGUUGGUGGAACCUUUUCGACGUCGUCAUCAUUGGAACAUCUGUGAUGGAGACCAUUAUGGAGUUCGUGACAAUCUGGCUGUCGGCAAUGCAGAUGGAUUCCAGCCACCUGCGCGUUAUGCGCUUUGCACGAAUUGCGAGGGCACUGCGUGGUGUGCGCGCAGUGCGCUUCCUCAGAUUCGUCAGCGCACUGCGGACUCUGGUGUUCUCAAUCCUGAGUACCAUGUGGUCCCUGAUUUGGACGUUGGUGCUGCUUAUCCUUCUUUUCUACUGUUUCGCUGUGAUUUUGACACAGCUGGUCACGGAUCACUGUCGCUACAACGAGGGCGGCGUUGUGAACUGUUCUCCCGACCUCAUGAGGUUCUGGAAGAGCGUGGCGGAGAGUAUGCUCACUUUGUUCGUCUCGAUCUCCGGCGGCCUUAGCUGGUCUGAAGCGCUUCAUCCAUUGCGCGAGGUCUCUGAGAUCGCCUUCCUGUGCAUGGUGGUGUACAUCGUGCUCACAGUCCUAGCAAUUUUGAAUGUCGUAACUGGGGUGUUCUGUAACAACGCCAUCGAGAGUGCCCGCGCGGACAAGGACAUUGCCAUCAUGAAGCAAAUGCAGAAGCAUGCCAAGCAGCUCAAAUCACUUCGUGGCGUGUUUAAAGAGAUCGACAACGACCAAUCGAACCUCGUGAGCCUUCAAGAGCUGAAGGACGCGUUGAAAUCGAAGAAGCUCGCGAGCUUCUUGGAGUCGAUGGACAUCUCUACACAGGAUAUCUGGACGCUGUUUAUGGUCAUGGAUUCUGACGGAAGCGGCGAUGUUACGCUGGAAGAAUUUGUGACGGGCUGCAUGCAAUUGCAGGGCCCGGCCCAGAGCAUCCAACUGGCGCGGAUGAGGCACGAAAAUCUCAAGACUCGCGGCGAGAUCCUCCGUGUGGGAACCGACAUCGGGAACCUCAAGGCACUAUUCCAUGAGCUUCUGAGGCGGCAGGGGGAGUUGCACCUCUGA